AUGGACAAGAGCUCGGAUGAGGAUCAGGAUGAAACUUAUGAGUUUGUCAAGGUCUCGGAAGAUGAAUCCGUCGCUGUGAUGCAUCAUUUCUUUACCGAGUUUCUUGCAGAUACGAAUCGCAAGGAUCAUACGUCUGCAUUUCCUGUCUUGGACGACCCAACUUAUCAUGGAAUGCUAGCAAUCUUCCUGCUGGAGUACCUCAAUAACUGCCCGCCCUUUGAGAUGGGCCUUGAUUACCGCAACAGUUCUGACAGAGAUUACCGACCGUAUCAUGAAAAUGAGGAAGAACAAUAUGAACAAUAUUGCAAGCGAGGUUAUCACUGUUCCCAAGUACGCGCUACCCAUCCUCUGGCGGGGUAUGCAGCUGAAAACCUUUCUCUACACCUUACUAAAGCAGCAGCAGCUGGCCCUAUUGAAAAUAUCCUGGCUGCUCUGGAUCGCUUCUUUAUCCCUGGGAAACCAGCCUUGCAGAACUGGUCAAUUUUUAUAAGCCCUGAUCUAUUCCCUGCCUAUGACAGUGUCUUCCACAUGGCAGCUGUAGUUAAGGACGCGCCGUCACUCCCAAUAUUUGUUUUAGAGCAUUUUGCUAAGCUAUCGCCCCAUCUUCUUGAUGCCCCUGACCACGAUGGCCGGACGCCGCUAUCCUAUGCAGCAGAGAGUGGUCAGGCUGAUAUCACCAGAUUUCUCCUGGCUAAAGGCGCAAACCCAAACUCUAAAGGCAAGGAUGGAAGAACGCCACUCCACAUGGCACUAUGGAAUCCGCAUGUUGUCGAAGUUCUCAUCAAUGCUGGCGCCGACCCUCUUGCCAAGAGAGGGCCGAUUCUUGAAGCAUACAACUUUAACGGGUGGCUAGGACCAGAAGUAGAUGAUGACCCAUGGCGUGAAUCAGUUCUAGGCGUUGCAUUCUCACAACAUUCGGAUGGCGAUGUGAGGGAUAUUUUUAUACCGUUCAUCCCUCCAGAUUCACUUAAUUUAUUCUUUCACCAGGCUCUCUCUUUCCUACACGCGAAAAAAACCACCAUCGAAGCUUUUCUCAACACAGGAAAGGUAGAUGUGGACUCCCUUUGGCAGGGAGAGACAGCACUAUACCGAGCUGCUAGAUGCUGUAUGCUCGACAUGGUAGAAUUACUUAUUGAUCGUGGGGCGGACCCGAACAAGAGAUGCUCGCCAUAUUGGCUCAGUUAUGAGAUUACCGACAGCGAGAGGGGCCCAACUCCUUUGCACGGCGUUGCAAAUCUACGCCGACUGGAAUGCGCUGGGACCUUAAACCUAAAGCGGGUUACUCAGGCUUUGAUCUCCGCGGGCGCCGAUGUAAAUACCUUUGCAGCCGAGCACGACAAUGCCCCGGAUAUGACUCCUCUACAUCUGGUUGUUAGGGGAACCGAGCCUGGGGAGAUGGGACAUGACAUUGCGCGUGCACAGUUAUCUAUUGCUGAAGUUCUUUUGUCGAAUGGCGCCGAUCCCAAUGCACAGACUGUGCCAGAUGGAAACUCGCCAGCACAUCUUGCAAGCCCUGUCGACCUCUCCCUCUUUGGAAUACUUGACCGUUACGGAGCUGACAUCAACGCACGCAAUGCACAUGGGAGAACACCUCUGAUGGAACUCUUAUUCCGUGUCAGCUGCAGAGACCACAGAGCCCAAGUAUUACCGCUUCACCAAGAACAAAUCAUCCAGCGUAUAAACAAGCUUCUGGAGCUAGGCGCCAGACCGGAUGUUACAGACGGUAGCGGAAAGACUAUCUUCCACUACAUUUUUAAGAGCCUGAGGUACCUCUGCACUUCUGAGUGCUUGCCUCUUGCAAGGAAGCUGUUGCAAGCUGGUAUAGACAUCAAUCAUAAAGACCUGAGCGGCCAGCCACCAAUCCUUCUGUGCAAGUCGUGGCAACAUCUCGCGUACUCGCCUUAUUCCAAGCAGUGCAAGACUCUCCACAGACUUCUCGACCUGUUUCAUAGCUUCGGAAUGGACUUCAAUUCGAAGGAUGCUGAAGGUCGGACUAUCCUGUGGAACAUCGUUGAGAACUCUGAUAUCUCCAGGGUCUUUGUUACCGUCUCCAAGCUCAUCCGCCUCGGCGCAAACCCCAGGGAGCGGACCCGCAGUGGCUCAACGCUGCUACAUGCUAUAGCCAAAGCGCGUUGCAAUCCACCCAGUCCCUCAGCAGGCCUAAACUUGAAUGCGGACGCAGCUGCGGUUGACGUAGAGGGUAAUACUCCCAUUCAUGCGUUUUUUCAGGGGUCGGUCAGACGCUCCUUUCGCUCGCUUCAGGAACUUGCCCGAAUAUUGGUCAGUAUUGGCGUCCCACCUCUGAAAAAGAACGCCAAAGGGCAGACUGUUUUACACCUCUCAAGGUGCGAGGAUGAUCUCAAAGCUAUCCUCACAGCGCCAUAUUUUAAGGGUCUGAACUUUGAUGAACAGGAUGUAAGCGGCUUCACGCCACUGCAUUAUGGUGCGGAAUGCUUUGAUGACAGCGCCAUGCUUCUGCUACAGUCCGGCGCAGAUCCAACAGUCGUUUCGCCCAGCGGUCUUUCAGGACUUCAACUUGCGGCCCAGAAAGGUAAUGUCAACAGUGUUCUCCUGCUUCUUGCCGCACUCCGAAAGCGCCGUGUACUCAAAGAGUAUAUAAAUAUGCUAGGCAACGGCUGCACGCCACUACACUACGCUUGUCGAUCAGGAAAUUUAGCUACCAUCUGGGCUCUGCUGCGUAACGGCGCCAAUCCUUGCAUCAGGGACGACAUAGGACUGACGCCGUUGCACGCUUUAGCGGACGGGGGUACUCAAAGGCACGCUAAGUCCUUGCCGCUGCCUGGCGACCAUACCAUUGAUAUAGUCGGCCUGCUGCUGAGAGCUGGUGCUGAUGUCGCGGCCAGGGCCACAAGUAGUGGAAGAAAUGGCGAUGAAGGGACGGAGAGCGCUACACCGUUAGGUGCAGCGGUGGAACGCCAGGAUUGGGUUUUGGUCCGUGAGCUGUUAGCAAGGGGGGCAAAACCACACGAGUCUUACAACCUGCCCCGAGAAUUUAUCUUGGCAACAGAUAAGAACGAAGCUGCUGAGGAAGCCCGAAGAGUUCAGCAAUUAAUACCCCAGAUCGAAAGCUCCGCAGCGGCAAGUCCGUGUUGGAGAGGUCGCUGGGCCGCUGACAGGACAAUACUCUGGGAAGCAGAGACCCGUUUCGUCACUGGCGGCCAAAUGAUUCUGGAUGAGAUGGCUGCAAGCGAGGAUGGGGAAAGCGAUUUCAUCGGCUUUAGCAUGCUUGCUGCUGCGCUGCAGGACGGUGAUUACGACAGCGUCAAGGAGUAUGCCCGGCUAGGAGGGAACCUUUACCUACAAGGGACUGGAAACCUCCACUUCGUUGAUCUUCUGGUGGAAUGGGAGUGCUUAGAACUUCUGCAUUGCUUAGCCCCCGAUUUGAUGAAGCUCCAAGAUAAGGCUGUUUGUGACACGCUGCUAGGUCGGGCAUGUCUGCACCCAGAACCCUUCUUACACGUAAUCGAGGUUCUCAUAGAAGGGCUAGGCGUUGACAUCAAUACUAGGUACAACAUAUCUGGCUCUGAGGGCUAUGAGCAUCACGAGGGAACAGCUCUUCAUUUCCUAGCUGAUGGUAAAGGGGCCUGGCGGACUGAAGGCCUGAGAUACCUUCUUACCAAGGGAGCUGAUGGUAGAGCACUAAAUGGAGCAGGAAUGACACCACUAAUGGUAUGUCGUGAAGAAGGGGCGGCGCAUGUUUUGAGAGAAUGGGCCGAUCCUAACGCAACUAUCAUGCCCAAGAAGAAUGCUGCGGUAAUUCAUUAA